AUGGGGUUCAUAUGCGUCUCUCUCUUUCAGGGGUUCAGCAUCGGCGCGGAACGGGUGGGAAGUUACUCUGGCUUUUACCGAAGACGGCAUCCGGGAUGGAGGUUUCGACCACGGCAACCGGGUACGCUCCCGGUGCUUCCGUUGCCGCCUGACAGACUGACGCCCAGAUGGGAUGCACCCGCGAUCCGCGUAUCGAAUGGUUCGUCAGUCACACGCAGUAUUCCGCGAAUGUCGGCAAGAACUGGUUCCCGUGGCUUUGAAGAGCAGCAGGGCGGCGACGCGUCGGUUUCUGCGGCCUCUGAAGUUGUUGGCGGCACACCUGGUACCUCCACUGAAGGUGCAGCCACAGGCACGCUAGGCUCUGGCCGGCCGUGGAAUAAAGGCGUGGCGCAUUCGCCGGAAGUUCGGGCUCGAAUAGGAGCUGCUCGACGAGGUAAGGCGCCAUGGAAUAAAGGAAAGGCGUUGUCAGAGGAGCAUCGACGGAAAAUAGGCGCAGCGCACGAAGGUCGUCCUCUGAGCUCAGAGCAUCGUCAACGCAUCGCCAAGGGCAUGCGACGCCGGCCCGAUGACGUCUUGACCGGUAAAAAGGGAGGCGACACUCCAGCUGGUGCCGCCUCCACCGAGGCACACGAGCUCGACGAAUUUGGACGCCUACAGAAGCUGCUCUUGUCCGCUGAACUGGAAACGGGUAUCGUGCCGAAUACGGAGUCUGCUAGCACGGGCCGCCAUGCGAUGCAAGACGCAUCGGAAACACAGGAAAAUGUCCUUUCUCAAAGCGAUGACGUAGAAGAAAAUCGGAUCGAAAGUAUGGAACCGGCUGGACGCGCGUCCCCAGAAGAUGAAGUAGAGGCAUCAUCGUUGGACUCGGUUGCACUAGACGUGCAGCGUUUUACACGCCUAAGAGCUGAACUUCGAGCGUGGAGCCAACUGUUUGCUCGCUUUCAUGGCGGUAGGCGUCCAUCGCUUGCUGACGUGCGUCGCACCGGUUCCCUUGAGAUUAUCAACAAGUUUGAAAUGUAUCUGAAGCUUCGGGAACGGUUGCGCAAUCUGGCGGAUGAAGUACUUGGCGACACGCUUAUGAUUCCUGGUGUAAGUCGAAAGGUUUUAGCCGCCCCGGGCGGCAGUGAAGAUGUUUCCAAGGACUACCGCUCGACAGAGGUAAUCGAUACCUGGAUGCGAUAUCUGCGUAUGCAGAGAGAAAUUGAGAGGAGCGGUGAAUCCACGACCCAGACUCCGUCGGUUGGCGUCCCGAAGACUCGGAGACGUACGAGAAGGAGCCCCGUGGAAGUCAUGAAGGAGAACGCUCGCAAACCUAUUUCGGUUUGGCCGAACCAGGUCAAAGUCGAUUCCGGAAAGGACGGGGCGCCCGAUCAUUCCGUCCCAGGGGAACCGAAUGAAACCUCAUGGACUCGGGCCGUAUCGAAAGAGAUGACCCAUGCGGACGAGUCUGUAUUAUCACCAUCGAGGAGCCUGGUGUCUGAUGUGGCGCCAAAAGCUGAUCCCGACUCGGGGGGAAUCAUUGCAGGGGCGCCACCAAUAAGCUUUCCGAGAAUUCCCGCAACGGCCGAGUCGAGCGCCGCUGAAGGUGCAACCUUGCUGCCAACAAAAACUCUGAACAAGGCGAAUGCUCUGCAGAAGCAAUACAAUCGGGGUUCGAGUACAAGGAAAUCUUCGCGAACGAGGCGCAGCGCUUCGAAAGAUAGCAAGACAGCCGAUCCAGCGCUGGACUCCGGCACACUUCCGAAUACGAUGCAGAACGACAGCAACGAAACUCUUUAUCGAGAGGCGUCCGCCGCGACUCGCACGACUUGUGAACACAAUGAGAACCCUGCGCCCAAUGGAGCGGACACUGGGCACGCGAGUAGCACAGGGCCCACUUUUUUCAACUCGACGGAAUCGACGACUGACGACCGAUCCAGGAGCCGCGAAUCGUCGACAAAUGCGCCGUUGGCGACGCACGACCUGUACCACAGCGCUUCGAGCACUCUCGGAAACGAGUCUAACGCCACAGCGCCGAGCACCAUUAUGUCCGUAACACCGUCCGCAGCCGCUGUCCAUGAGAUGGCGACGGAGUGCGCCUCGUGCGCCACCGAGACCGCGCAGCAUGCAGGAGCAUCCAUGCCGAAUCCGGGCGCUGCCUCUGCCACCAGUAAUGAAGGAGUAUUUCUAGACGAGGACCAGCGCAACGAACAGGGCCAAAAGCCGGUGCCCGUGGUACCUCCGCAGGAUCCAGCCAGCAGCCAUGCGCUGGAAACUCGGAAAACCCUUGAUCCCGGGCGGACGGAUAACGACUCCGCAGAGCCCAGACCUGGUGUCGUGAACGCCGUUCAGCCCGAACUCGGAUUAAGUGAGGAAUUCGUUUUUCCGAGCGUAAUCGAGCACGAGCUGGAGCCGCUGGAUUAUAGCCUAUUAGGGCGGAUACGGCUCCUGGGCGUCAAUGAUGUGCGCGAAAUCCUCUCACUACGCAAGACUCUGCGAAGAUGGAUUGAGCAGUUUAAGUUGAAGUACGGGCGCCGGCCUACCGUUCAGGACGCGGAUCUGUAUCUCUCAGCGGAUGAUCAUGUCGAACUACGAAAAGUUCAAUGCAGGAAAUAUGUUCAGUUACGGGACACGCUGGAGCUGAAAUCGCGCAAGAUAUACGACGAUUCAUUCGUUGAACUAUUAGAGCAACAUCAUGCACGAAUCGAGCGGCUUGUGGAGCGCCUCGCUCGGGAGCCAGCACAACUCACACCGCCCGAAGCGACGCCCUAG